CUUGACUCUAUGGAUUUACUCUGUCCUUUUUCUCUAUUUUUGUCAUUCAUCCCCACCAAGGAGUCCCCAGAUGUCGGGUGAGGAGGGGGCCUGAAACUUCUGCUUUCUGGAGGAAAGGUUACAAGUGACGAAGAGAAAGAGCAGCUGAAGGAGCAACUCUGUUAAAUAGGGUCUUUUGCCUUUUGGAAAAUGCAUUUGCUGCACUCCUUGGCAAGUCCCUCAGAAAGAACAGAACGUGUUUUCUCCCAGAAAUGAACACAUCCUCUCAACUGUAUGUUUCUGAACUAAACCUGAGUGCCUUUGGCAACAACUUUACUGUGCCAACUGUCAAGAGCAAGUCAUCACCAUGUGAGCAAGUGGUCAUUGCAGCUGAGGUGUUCCUAACUCUGGGCAUUGUAAGCCUCCUUGAAAAUAUCUUAGUUAUAUGUGCAAUAGUUAAGAACAAGAACUUGCAUUCACCCAUGUAUUUUUUUGUUUGCAGUUUAGCAGUGGCUGACAUGCUGGUUAGUGUUUCUAAUGCUUGGGAGACAAUAACGAUAUACUUAAUAAACAAUAGGCACAUAAUUAUGGAAGAUGCCUUUGUCCGUCACAUAGACAAUGUCUUUGAUUCAAUGAUUUGCAUAUCUGUGGUAGCUUCCAUGUGCAGCUUGCUGGCUAUAGCUGUGGACAGGUAUAUUACUAUCUUCUAUGCCCUGCGUUAUCACAACAUCAUGACAGUGAAAAGAUCAGGGCUUAUUAUUGCAUGCAUCUGGACCUUCUGCACAGGCUGUGGCAUUAUCUUCAUUCUUUAUUAUGAAUCAACUUACGUGAUCAUUUGUCUAAUCACUAUGUUUUUUACCAUGUUGUUCCUCAUGAUCUCCCUGUACAUCCAUAUGUUCCUCCUGGCUCGUACUCAUGUCAAGAAAAUAGCUGCUUUGCCUGGGUACAACUCUGUCCGUCAAAGAACCAGCAUGAAAGGAGCCAUCACUCUGACUAUGCUGCUUGGUAUCUUCAUUGUUUGCUGGGCUCCAUUCUUCCUCCAUCUCAUCCUGAUGAUCUCCUGCCCCCAAAACCUCUACUGUGUUUGCUUCAUGUCUCACUUCAACAUGUACCUCAUUCUCAUUAUGUGCAACUCAGUGAUUGAUCCCUUGAUCUAUGCCUUUCGUAGCCAGGAAAUGAGGAAGACCUUCAAAGAGAUAAUUUGUUGCUAUAGUCUGAGAACAGUCUGUGGUUUUUCAAACAAGUAUUGA